AUGGCAUCUCCCCAACCCACCACUCUCCCAAUCGUAGCCAUCGCCGGCGCAACCGGCCACCUAGGCAAACACGUCGCCUCAGCCUUCCUCACAUCCAACCUACGCAACCGCUUCUCCGAAAUCAUCCUUCUUUCGCGACAAGGUAGCCACCACAAUACUACACCACCAACCGACCUCCUCGACGACAGCCCCAAACUCACCAUCCGCACCUACACCGAAGAUUCCAUCCCCAGCAUCACCCGCGCCCUCCAGGGCGCUACCAUCCUUAUCAACACCAUCGGCCCCUCUGGCCACUCCUUCAAAGAGAAACUCCUCCACGCCAUCCCCCAAUCCUCCAUCCAGGUGUACUUCCCCUCCGAAUUCGGGGUGAAUCACUACGUGCACGACUUCCCGCAUCGAGAAUGGGACGCGAAGAAGAAACAUAUGGCGCUGGCGGAGCAGCUACUUCUACUUAAUACCCAAGACCCAAGCCCCAAGAAGGUGAAGAUCUGUCGUGUCUUCUGUGGGUUGUUCCUGGAGGAUAGUAUCGGGCCGUGGUUUGGGUUUGAUACGAAGCGUGGACGGUAUGAGUGUGUUGGGAGUAGUAGUAGUAGUAGUGAGGUGAAAGUGUCGUUUACUUCACUGGGGGAUGUCGGGAGGUGUGUGGCUGCGUUGGCGAGUUUGGGGAGGGAUGAGGUGCCUGAGGUGGUGCAUGUUGCUGGGGAUAGUAGGAGUGUUAAGGAGAUUGCGGAGGUUAUGGGGGAGUUUGGUGGUGGUGAGAUUGACGUGGUGGAGAUUGGGUUGGAAGGGUAUAAGAGGGAGGUGUUGGAGGGGAUGAAGGAGUCGUGGGAUCCGGCGCCGUUUUUGAGGUUUUUGAUGGGUGAGGGCAAGAUUAUGCAUACUGCUAGGGAUGGGGGUGGGUUGGGGGUUGAUCGUGAGUUGGUUAAUCCCGGGGAGAGGUUGUGGAAGUGGGAGACGCUGAGGGAUUUGGCGAGGAGGGAGGCGGGGAGGCCUUGGGGGGAUUAUGUGUGGCCGCCGAUGAAGCAGUAG